GAUGGUGUUCACUAUAAACGUUCCUCGUGUUUACUAGAAGUGCUUUGUUUAUAAUCGUACAAAAAUUUAAUUUUUUAGACCCUUAACCAUGGUUUAAUCCAUGCAGAGUGAUAAAGUGGGGAUCAGGUAAAGGCAUUAUGGUGGUUUGAGACAUGUACCAUCAAGUAUGGUUGACAAGGAAAAGCCCCAGCGAGUGGCAGACUAUUUUGUCGUAGCUGGACUUGGAAAAACAAGCAAACCUUCUGAUGUCGACAAGCUGGGUGAUGAAAAAACCAUUUUCCUUGAGCCAAUCACUGACUUGGCAGUUGUUUUCAAAAGUCUUGGGGAAAAACCACCACCAGGUUACACAUGUAUAGAGAAGUCACCUGCUGGGCUGUCCGCUGACCUUAAUCUUGGCUCUAUCAGGCAGCCUUCAUGCUUUCUAUGUUAUCGAAGAGGGCUAGAUAAACCCCCUCUAACUGAUAUUGGAGUAUUGUAUGAAGAUAAGGACAGACUUGUGUCUGGUUGUGAUCUUAUCACCCAAACUCCAUAUGGACGGUCAGCAAAUGUUAACAAUAGUGGCGGCAGUCGGACAUUCAUUACCUACCGACGAGCUUCGCAGCAAAUGGCACAUACUUCACUUGCAGUGACAGAAAUUUGUGUCAUUGUAGCUAGUAAGGGAGAAAAACCACCACAUGCCUUUUGUAUAAUUGACAGAAACUUAAACAAAGGAAUGGUUGGAAGUGAUGUAUUUUUAUGCUACAGAAAAUCAUUAUCAAGAUCAAGAUCUGUUACGUAUCAACCAGAAAUUUUAAGUAGGUUCCCUCCUCUUGAUUAUGAAGACUUUCCUCUUCCUGAUGGAGUGCCAAUGUUUUGCCUUCCUUUUGGAACUAUUAUCGAAUGCUGGCCAGAAAAAUGUCCACAUCCCUUGCCUUCCUUUUCAACUUUUGUUCUGACAGGAGCCUCUGGACAAAAGAUAUAUGGCACAGCAGUGACUUUUUUUGAAAUUUUACCUGAAUCAUUAAUGACUGAUAAUUUAAGACAAGCUCUAAAUCUUAAUGAAAAGAGAGAAGAUAAUGUAAUCAUGAAUCCGCACACAAACAAGUGCAUCUGUAUUUUAUCUCACUGGCCAUUUUUUGAAGCUUUUAAAAAGUUCCUCUCGCAGCUCUACAGAAUAAGUGUGUCUGCACAACCGAUCCCUAUUGAAAAAUAUAUUGCAAAACUUAUGUUGAAUGUACCAUUUCCAUCACCUCAGAUACCAAGAAUAUUGAUAGAGAUGAUGAGAUUUGAACCGUUUGAGAUAUCACAACCAUAUCACACUCCUUUGCCUGUCAGUGGGGCUUCAUACACUGCUAUGCUGAGACAUCUCAAAGCAGAAAAUAUGCUACUUCUCUUCUACUUAGUGCUGACAGAGCACAAGAUUUUAUUUCAUUCCUUGAGGCCAGCUCUUCUUACUAGUGUUGCUGAGGCUCUUACCACAAUCCUCUUUCCAUUUACUUGGCAGUGUCCUUAUAUUCCUCUCUGCCCAGUGGCUCUCAAUGAUGUACUAUGUGCGCCUUGUCCAUUCAUUAUAG